GGGUGUGCCUGUUUUGCCUGUGGCAUCGUUGGCCUGGCAACCAUCAACAUGUCUUCUGGUGGUUGGAGGAUUCUUUUGUCCCUCCGAGGUAGGGCUGCUCGUGGCUGCCUUGUGAGGUUAGUAUCCCCUGUGUGUUUGCUGUCCCAACCCGAGAAAUCGAGUUGGUUCUUUGUCCCCACCUGUUUUGGUGGUCCUGUUCUACUUCUGGGUACCUCGUCGUCUGGCGAUUCGGGGCUUUUGGCAGCUCUUGAGGCGUCAGAUUCCUCAUCGUCUGGCGAUGCAAUGGCCGAUGGCCAUCAGUCGGGUCGUUCAGCGUCAACAAGGCACGUCAGAAGCGAUGUGCUGCUCAAGACGGCAUCAAAAAACUGUGUUUCUUCGCCAGUGAGGAGGUCGGCUUCAAGCUGCAUGCUCCAGCCACCGGUGGCGAGUAAGUCCGGGAGAAGCUUACAAGGACUAGAGUGUAAUUUCUUUAUCUUUCAGGGAUGUCUUUGUAAAUUGUGGGUUGUAAUCACCAAAACAUAUGAAUAAAAUAUAAUCCCGGUUUCUAAAAAAAACGAAGCCGGCCGGCCUUUUGUCCUUUGCUCCGUCGCUGCAUGCGAUGGCGACCUGCCGGCCGGCCAUGCCGUCCUUCUCCACCAGCUGUCCUCCGUCAACGGCGGAGCAGGCAAGAGCUACCUCCUCGCAGCAUCUACUCAGCUUCCUGCCCCGACGCGCAACGUGGCCGGCGGCCUCAGAAGGGCGCCGCCCAUCCUCAUCGGAGACGGUGGCAACUGGCAACUCUUCACAUCUCAGGCAGGCCGUCCAAAUGAGCGAGAGCGAGGCUCCUGCUCCUGCUCCUACUCCUACCUCGGCGGCGUUGGCAGCAGCAGCACCGCCGGCGUCGCCGUCCCUGCCGGACGACGAGGACAUCCUCCGGAUGAUCCUCCUGCGCCUCCCGCCGCUCCCCUCCUCCCUCCCGCGCGCCUCCCUCGUCAGCAAGCUCUGGCGCCGCGUCGUCUCCGACCCCGGCUUCCGCCGCCGCUUCCGCGCCCACCACAAGACUCCUCCGCUGCUCGGAUUCUUCUUCCACAACUUCAACCUGCAAAGGUCAUGGCACGUCUUCACCCCCACUCUGGCCGCCUCCGACCGCAUCCCGCCCGCGCGCUUCGCCUGCCCCAGCAAGGGCUCCUUGCUCGGCUGCCGCCACGGCCUCGCCCUCCUCGAGGCCGGCUCCACGGCCGUCGUCUGGGACCCCAUCACCGGCCGCCGGAGCUCCGUCGACUUCCCGCCGGAGCUCACCCUCAACCGCAACGUCACAGUCUACCACGGCGCCGUCCUCGGGGAUCCCGCCGGCUCCGGCGGCUUCAGAUUCAGACUGAUCAUGGUAUCCUACCGCGUCUUCCAGGGGACCCUCCGCGCGUCCAUCUACGACUCGGAUUCUGGAAAUUGGGGCCAGAUCAUCUCGACGGCGGCCUUCUCCGACUGCUUCAAGCCCGGCGUCCUGGUCGGUAGCAAGCUCUACUGGCUGAUCCGCCACCGCAGCGGCGGGUUCCUCGAGCUCGACGUGGAUCGCCGGAGCCUGGCCGUGAUCCGGCUGUCCGAGGACAUCCCUGUUCCCGAGGGCGCCCAUGUCCAGGCUCUGCGGACGCGGGAUGGAGGGCUUGGCGUCGCGGUCGUGGCGAAGCGGAGGAUGCAGCUCUGGGGGAGCACCGCCAUCUCCGGCGAUGUGGUCAGAGCGGUGCUGCAGAAAACCGUUGAUCUGGAGCAGCUCCUCUCGCUUCCAUUGCCGUCGACGAACGCGCACGAAUCAUCCGUCGUGGGGUACGAUGAGGACACCAACACGAUCUUCGUCUGGACGAGCGUGGGUGUCUUCAUGAUCCAGCUCGAGUCGAUGGAGUUCACCAAAGUUUCUGAAGACACCUGCAUUCGUGGCUAUUAUCCCUUCGCGAGUUUCUACACUCCUGGUAAUUAA